CCAAAAUUUUUGAAUCAGUAAAUAUCUACUCCUUAUUUCAUGUUGAAUCAGAAAAUUAUCGGAUACCCGGAGUUUUGAAUAUCCGAAUUUUGAAUCGGUGGCAGGUCGAAUGAAACGUUACAGUGGCUGGUCAAAAGAUCCUUUGGCAGGUCUGGAAACAUGAGAAAAAGAAAAAACCCCACAGAUCCAAUAAAAUUCCUCUGCGUCUUCAUCCCUACUGCCUUUACCUUCAUCCUUUUCAUCUCAAUCCGCAAAAUCCACGAGCCCAACGGCACGAUCCGCUCACGGGAAGGUGAGAAGAAGCUGAUCGGAACUCUGGGAGAAUCGGUGAUCGGAAUGUUGCCUGACGAUCUAGGGUUCACAUUAUUCCUGCCGUCGGAGAAAGCUCUGUUGAAUCUGCGGCGGCGUUCGCUGAACGGCAGCUCUCCGCCGAACGAAGACGGGGACACCCACGCGAUGCUCACUCGCGUGUUGGGGUUCGCGGCGGUCCCGAGAAUGAUCUUCUGGGAGGAUGUGGGUGACGGGGAGGAGAUCAUGUACGAUUCCAUUUCUGGGUUUGCUCUGUUCGCCGGGAAGGAUGCGAAGGGCCGCCUGUGGGUGAACGGAGUUCGAUCGGAGGCUGUGGAUUUGAGGAGAGGGAAGAUUGUUGUGCACGUUAUGGAUGGGGUGUUAAUGGAUGCUGAGUUUCAACUUUCAACUCUUGAGGUUUAGAGAAACAGUAAACCCUAGAUUUUUCAGAGAAGAAGAUUGCUUUCACUCACAGAAAUUCCAUAAUCAGUGUGUUUUCAAACUUCUUAUGGCCGGAGCUCAUCGGAACUAAAUGCAAUUGAAUGAAAAUGAUUUUACAGUAAUUUUGAUCAAAGCUGUGUUGAAUUCAACUGAGCAAUACUAAAUUGAACUAAUUAUAGUGUAAUUUUAAACUAAAUAGUACUGUAGUUA